CUGAUUGUUGCCACAUCCGAUGGAGGCGUUUGGAAUUCGAUCAAUGUAGAUGUUUUGGUUCAAGAUCGGUUGAAUGCCUUUUCUGUUAUUUUCAUGAAUUGCUAGAUCAAUGUUUCACUAUGCUUCCUCAGGCUGGGCCACCAAUGCAAGUGGCUGUGCCUCAAAGACGUGCUAUAGUCCAGCCCAUCCUCAUGCAUCAGCAUCAGCCACCUGAAGUGCGUAUUGAAGUCGAAGGACAGAGUGUGAUGCCUGCAAUGUCUGGUCCUCCUGGUUUCUUGAUGCCCGGAGUGCCUCAGGUCUUUCAGGCAGACCAAGACGCAGUUGAAAUUCACAUCUCUCAACCUCCAGUCGUAGCUCCUUCACAGCCUCCCCAACCACCAAUGCCACCCCUGUCGCACACCACUGCGUUUGUUUGCUCAAACUGUGGCCGCAGAUACCCCUGGCCGGGGCCACCACGCUGCAACUGUCACGGGCCAUCUCCUGAGCCAGAUCCACGAGAUGUCGAGCCAGCUCCUGAGUCGAAUGACCAGUUGUGGCAGGCUGCCCGUGAUGCAAACAGGCAACUAGUGGAGCAGUUGUUGAGCCAACCGGGCUUUGAUGUUAACUACGCAAGGGUGUUCGACAACGCGACCUUGCCUCACGAAGUGACAGUUCUGGGUGCCGCAAUGUUGGGUGAGAAUAUGGGGGUCGUGAAGUUGCUCCUUAAGAGCAAGGCCCAGCUGCAGCAAGUUGAUGUGGAGAUUCUGUCCAUGCUGCUGUGUCGGCAAAUCAAGGACCAACCGGCAAAGGAUGCUGACGACACAAGGGGGACUAACAACCAACGUGACUGUCACAAACUCAAGCAGUUGUGGUGGGCUGCCUAUGAUGGAUUUGCCAGUACGGUGGACAAUUUGUUGAAAGAUGAAAUUGUCUAUUCUUGGUACAAGCGGUUCGGCGAUACGACCUUUCCUCACGAAGUGACAGUUCUGGGUGCCGCAAUGUUGGGGGAGCAUGCGAGGGUUGUGAAGUUACUCCUUAAGAGCAAGGCACAGCUGCAGCAAGUUGAUGUGGAGAUUCUUUCCCGGCUGCUGUGUAGGCCAGACAAGGAAGCCACGGAGAUUGUGAAGGCACUCCUGGUGGAGACGGAGGGGGGCGAAGGUUUGGGCAAGCUGCGCAACAGAAUUGGUUGUGUUCUGGCCCCAUUGGAUGGCCUGGAUGUGACGCCAAAAUCUGAGCAGUGGUGGACAGGACCAGCGAUGCAAUAUUACAAUGACCUGGAACAUCAGAGUAUGUUUUAUCCUACCUUUGCCCAAGUGAAGCACUGCAUUCUACCACUACCACCUCGACUUGCAUAUGACCCAAAAAUACUUGCGGCUUUGGUUUCAACUGACAAUCUCGAGAUGCUUGACUUAGAUGUUGUGAAUGCGAUCAUCUCGGUUGCGUGGGUUCAACACAUUAGGAGCAGUGUCAUCGACAAUCUCGUAAACGUUGUGAAUGUGGUCUUACUGUGUUGGUUGUCCUACAACUACAGUAGCAAUCCCAGCUCAUCAGAUCUCACCCUUGCAUGGAUCCUGGCGAUCCUGCACUUGAAGGAGACUUGUGAAUGUUUGGCUUCUGUGUGGCACAUUAUGGUCGAAAGAUCUACAAAAGGUACUUUCCUGAUAGAACAGAUUGAUAUUUACAACUGUGUUGACAAUGUCUACACGGUAAUUGGAACGAUCGUACUUGGACAGCAGCUGGCAUGGUGGCACAUUGAUGAAGCUUCGAACAAGGCCCUCCUGGCCCUUUUCUGUGGCAUGGCGUGGCUCAGAUUACUCGCCAGCCUUCGAGGAUACACAUGGCUUGGGCUCAGGUUCCUGCCCAUCAUUGGUGCCAUCUUGGAUUCAGCAUCCUUUUUCUUCAUCACCGGCACAUGUCUUUUGGCCUCCGCACAUGCUUACUACCAAAUGGGUCCUCGAAAAGAGGAUCCGUUGCCGCUUUUCUCUGCGUUUGUCAUCCCAUUUCGACUUGGAAUCCUGGGUGAUUUCGACCUCUUCGAAUUUGAAGGAAAGGACACAAAGUACGUUGAAGGAAAUGACACAGAAACAGAUGAAGUAUCAUGGGUACCAAAAGAUCCUGAGCCAGGUGAUGACCACCUCUUCAUCAUGGUGAUUUUCUUCGUGACAAGCAUUGGCAUUUCAUUUGUGCUUAUGAACAUCUUUAUUGCUGUGCUAACGCAAAACUUGCAACUAUUCCAGAAUAGGGAUCGGCUGUUGUUGACCAAGUCAAGGGCCAAGAUGGUGCUAGAAUGGCAGAAACGUCCAUUGACACGCUUACUACAUUGUAUCUUAGGUCGCUGCUGCCAGCUGCGUUGCAAGUACAAGCUGAAGGACACCAUCUCAACUUCAGGACCAACCUGGACAUCCGACGUGCCUGCAAUGGCCCUCUUUUGGAGCCUGUCUCCGCUGCGUGUUGUUUUCGGCAAUUAUGGUCAUACGUGGAUUUGGCAUCAAUGCACAAAUCACCGGAUCACAGUGCUCCUUUUCUAUUUGUCUCCUUGGUUGCUUUCGGUCUCAUUGGUCAUGAUGAUCCUUUGUUUGACUUGCGGUUUCUUUUUUCGACUAUCUGGCAUUCAACAUGAGAUGCGAGUCCUAUUUUUGGGCAUUUGCGGUUGGAAGACGGAUUCCGAUGAAACAGAUCCGCCAGAACAAGUCACCGCAUAUCGAGCUAAGCAAUGUGUCAUCCACGUUUUUGUCAAUGAAAACGAGGAGCACCGCAGCCAGGGUGCACAUUUCUGGCAGCACUUGGAAAGACAAACCCAUGCAAGCAUGGAAAAGGCGAUGGAGCGUGAUUGUCAGCAGUGGAAGGCCAAAGCCAAGGAAGAAGCCAAGGAAGAAGUCAAGGAAGAGCUUCAAAAGAAAGAAUUGUUGAUUGACGCUCACAAAGAAGAGAUUGAAAAGUUAAAAGAGCGGUUGUGGAGAGGGGUUCAAAGAUAUGCUCACCAGCUGCCAGAGGCUGAACGAAUCUCUGCUCGACUGCGGAGCGAUCGACGGGUUCAAAGCCAGGGAGAACGACGCUCCGCUCGACUGCGGAGCGAUCGACGCACCAACAGCCAGCCUCCUCCAUGCAUGGCAUGGGAGCUUCUUCAGAAAGACAAAGAUCACAAGGAAAAGCUUGAUGAGAGAGGUCUGGCGCACGAAGCAGAGCUUCGUCAGACGGAAGCUCACAAAGGAGAGCAUGAUGAGAAAAAAGAAGAAGACGAAGAAGACGACGAAGAAGAAGACGAAGAAGAAGAAGACGAAGAAGAAGAAGCUCACACGCACGAAAAAGAGACUGAGGAGCCAGCGGCGAGGAGAGGCCAAAGCCAGCCUCCUCCAUACCUUGGAUGAAUGAUGACGUCUCGGACGAUCCAAGGAGCAUGGAGU